AUUGAGAAAAUUCUUGGCGCCAGAAUUUUUCUCCUAAAAUGAUACAAAACGAUGCUCGUAACUGUACGAUUUUAUUUCGUAAGGAAUGUGGAUGUUCCUACUCUACAGCUUUGUUCCUAUUUCAUACACGCGUGAUAGACACGUUGGCUCUUAUGUUCUAGUAUAGACAUAUCAUUUAAAAAAAAUAAUGUAUAUGCUUGUACAAGUGUAGUUUUAAUGUGAACACUAAGUAAACGUAGUUAUAUAUAGUGAAAUAAUAUUCCUUACAAACCAUAUUUUUCUUCUUUGAAAACAGACAAGGAAUAGAUAUAUAUGCGAAGAUGAGAAUUGUACAAUUAAGAAGACACCGUUUAUUUAAUAUCGUAAUUGGUGGAAUAUUGGUGUUAAUUAUUUUUUAUAUGAUUGUUUCUUUCUUCUCUGACAAUCAAGUACAUAAUAUAAAAGUAUAUUGGUCAGAACAACUAUCAAGAAAACGGGCUCCAGAACUGGUAGAAGAUUUAGGUAACUAUGAACCAAGAAAUAUACAACCAAAAACAGGUCCUGGAGAAGGUGGCAAAGCACAUGUUUUAAGGGAUGAUCAACAAAAUGAUGUUCAACAAUCCGAAUCCGAUUAUGGUAUGAAUAUGGUAUGCUCUGAUGAAAUUUCCUUAGAUAGAUCAAUUCCUGACACUAGACCAUUGGAAUGCAAACAUUGGAAUUAUUCAACAGAUUUACCUAGAACAAGUGUUAUUAUAGUAUUUCAUAAUGAAGGUUGGUCUGUUUUGAUGAGAACUGUACAUAGUGUAAUAAAUAGAACACCGUCAAAAUUAUUAGAAGAAAUUCUUCUUGUUGAUGAUUACUCUGACAAAGAAAAUUUAAAAGGUGACCUAGAAUCUUAUAUCGAACAAUGGGGAGGAAAAGUCAGAAUACUUAGAAAUUAUGAAAGACAAGGUUUGAUAAGGACAAGAUCAAGAGGUGCACGAGAAGCUAAAGGCGAAGUAAUCGUCUUCUUGGAUGCUCAUUGUGAAGUGAAUAUAAAUUGGUUGCCACCGCUUUUAGCUCCAAUUGCAAUGAAUAGCAAUGUAAUGACAGUUCCUUUGAUCGACGGUAUCGAUCAUAAAACUUUUGCAUAUCGUCCAGUAUACCAAGCAGGACACUUAUACAGAGGAAUUUUUGAAUGGGGUAUGUUAUACAAAGAAAGUGAACUUCCUAGAAGAGAAGCUAAAUCUCGACCACAUGACAGCAUGCCUUAUAAAUCUCCUACUCAUGCUGGUGGUUUAUUUGCAAUAAAUCGUCAAUACUUUUUAUCGUUGGGUGGAUACGAUGAAGGAUUACUUGUUUGGGGUGGAGAAAAUUUUGAAUUGUCUUUCAAAAUUUGGCAAUGUGGUGGAAGUAUUCUGUGGAUACCUUGUUCGCAUGUUGGACACGUGUAUAGAGGUUUUAUGCCAUAUACAUUCGGCAAACUCGCUCAGAAGAAAAAAGGACCAUUGAUCACUAUUAACUAUAAAAGAGUCAUCGAAACUUGGUUCGAUGAAAAGCACAAAGAAUUCUUUUAUACGAGAGAACCGCUCGCGAGAUUACUUGAUCAUGGUGAUAUAACGGAACAAUUACUUUUGAAAGAACGAAAAAAGUGUAAAAGUUUCCAAUGGUACAUGGACAACAUAGCUUACGACGUUUUAGACAAAUUUCCAGAAUUACCACCAAAUAUACAUUGGGGAGAGUUAAGAAAUGGAGCAACUGGAGCAUGUUUGGACACUAUGGGACAUGCACCUCCAAGUCUCAUGGCCACUGCAUAUUGUCAUAGUUAUGGAAAUAAUCAACUUAUUAGAUUAAAUUCGAAAGGUCAACUCGGUGUUGGUGAACGUUGUAUCGAAGCAGAUGGACAUGGAGUAAAAUUAGCGUUUUGUCGUUUGGGUACCGUUGAUGGUCCCUGGCAAUAUGAUGAAAAAACUAAAACGAUGUUACAUCGAGUUCAUAAAAAAUGUAUGGCUCUUCAUCCACAAACUCAACAAUUGUCAUUAAUGCCCUGUGAUGUGAAUAAUACGUAUCAACAAUGGUCCUUCCAUGAAAUUAAUCCACGUUGGUGAACGAUUCUCUGUUACAAAUAUAUUUUAAUAAUAUAAGUGUUUUCAUGAAAAGUUUUACAUGAAUCUUACUUGGCCUGCCAGAUAAAUCGAAACGUUGCGAUUAAUUGCAAAUUAAUUGUGAAAUUAAUUAACGGUAUAUACCUGUAAGGAAAAGUUCUUUGUGAAAUACUUUUUUAUAAUUUACAAAGUAGUACAUACUAUAAAAUGCUAUGCUAAAAGACAACAGACAAUAAGGUGCUGUAAAGUUCAGUCUUUUAUUUUGUAGUUAAAAUUUCUUCAAAUUUUUACGAAUGGACAAAUAACAAAAUGAGACUGCUCUUUAUAAGUAUAUAUUCUCGGCGAUUGUUCCUUCUUACGAUGGCGACUUUAUGCCCUUAAUGAACGUUCUAUUACGAAUACCAUCUUUAUACGAAUAUAACUAAUCAUUUACGAUACUAUUAAAUAUAUUUUUAUUUUAUUAAUAAUUAUGAAAAAGAUUAUAGCAGAAGUAAAAUGAAAUGCUAUUUUCAUAUUGCCAAGCAGUAUAAAUCUUCCUGUAUUAAUCUAUAUUAAUAUUAAUUUUCUUGAAAAUUUACAUAUUUCAGUAUACAAGACAAUACAGAGAAAAACGGCUUCCUCUCUCUUUUAAUCAUUUUUACAUCAUUAAAUUAUUUGCAUCAUUAUCGAUGCAUACUUAGCGCUCUAAUCUUCCUAAAAAACGAAUGUUUAUAUCGCUUUGUAUGUCAUUUAUAUACCAUAACAAAUGAGAUUUUUGUUUAUAUAAAACAAUAGAGAUAAUGCGUGUCGAUAAAGUAAUUUUGAAUUUAGAUAUGCAAACUUAAAGCUCUAAAUUGAUGUACAAUUUAAUUGAUAAUUAUUGUACCUUUUGUGAAUUACUGAAGAAUGUUGACAACAUUUUCUUGAUAAAAAUGUUAUCAUCAUUUCAUCGGAAUAAUUUAUUUUUAUAACUAUAUGCACACUCGCGAUCGAUAUAAUUUUUGUACAUUGUGAUAUUAAAUGUGCAAUCGUAUAUACAUGAAAUUUUGUUACUCAUGACUUUCACUACUAUAAUAAUUUUUUGAUAUAUCUAUUACAGUAUCUUCAAUCACAGGCAUAACGAAUCUUUCUAAUUCAAUAAUUAUAAAUAUACAUUCCAAUCAUAAUAUUUAAAUAUUUAAUAAGUAUAUGUUUUUAGUUAAUAGUAAAUGUUUCCAUGUGACACUAAAGACAAAAGUUAUGAAGACAAAUUCGAAGAACGAUUAACUUCACUUUAAUUGUACAUUUGAAAAACGAAUCCAACAUUCCUCGUUAAAAUCGACAAGAUUUAUGAUGUUGCAGUGAAUCGUUGCAUAAAGUUAUAUUAAUUAUUAUUUGUAAUCCCAGUAAGAAAAAACUAAAAGAUUUCUUGUGAGUAAAUUUAUUAUCUUAUCUAUUAUUCAUUUGUACUUAAUACUAUAUAAAGCUUAUUGUUAGUUUUAUGAAUCAAGCUAAAAUUAUACUUGAGAGAUUAAUAAUUGUGAUCAUAUAUGCACACACAUGCAGCUAAUUUAUUAUUACUUUUUAAUAUCAUUAAUAUUGUUAUUCAGAAUAUACUUCUAUAUAUUAUAUUAAAAUAGAAAUUACUAUUUAUGAAAACGAUAAAUUUAUGAUUAAAUCGUUGAAUUAUGCUUUAAAUAAGAAGAUAGGAAUAAAAAACAGUUGGAUCAAUUAUAAGUGUCAAAUAAUAUGUGAAA